CUAUAAUUGGCUGUUGAUGGAGAAGCCGAGUUGGAACGUGUGGUAAGGCAUGUAGGAAUCUGGUCGAGUGAUGUUCCCGGUCUCUCGCAUCGGCUCCGUCGACACCGGCGCCUGGCAUGUCGAACUCAACUGCUUUCGAAGAUCAGUGAUCAUUUCUCGUAA